CAUCGGGUCCCGGCCAGUGAUUCCCAGCCGCCACUCGGCAAUCAUGGGGGAAAGCUGACAGGGGAGAGACCUGUGUGUAAACCCUGGUCUCUCUCCUGUCAGCAUGGACAUGCUGCUUUGUAUCUCUCUGCACAGCAGACAGAUACAAAACAGCAUGUCUCCCUAGUAAAACACACAAAGCACAUGGUUAACCUUUUGAUCGCCCCAGAUGUUAACCCCUUUCUGCCCAGUGCCAUUAGUACAGUGUCAUUGCUUUUUAUUAGCACUGAUCACUGUAUUAGUGUCACUGGGGAUGUCAGUGGCAGUUAGUCAGUUCCCACCCAGUGUCAGAAUGCCCA